AUGGCUCGGCAGGUAAAAACACUUGGCAGGAAGCACGAUGACCUGAGUUCAGUUCUCAGCACCUACAUGGGGGAAGGCGGCGAGAACUGGCACCUUCCCCACUUCUUCCUCUUGGUAACGUUGCAGCACUUGACAAAGAGGAGAGCAUGGGAGGGCCGGCAACAGGACCCAGGAAUCACAGUGACCUGCCCCAGUGGAGGAUCCUCAGGUUUAGGCAGGAAAACCCUUCCCCGGGGCUGGCGGAGGAGCGCGCGGCACCGCCCCCGGGGCGGGCCCAGUGCGUGGCAGCCCCCGCCAGCCCAGUCGCGAAGUUUCCAGUUCAGCUUGUGUCUCGGUGCCGGCGGAUCGUCCCCAGACCCGGCUAUGCGGCCCCUGCUGCUCCUGGCCCCGCUGGCCUGGCUCCUUCUGGUCCAGGCGAAGGACGACACCAAGCUGGAGGACAACCUCUUGGUCCUCACUGUGGCCACAAAAGAGACUGAGGGCUUCCGCCGCUUCAAGCGAUCAGCCCAGUUCUUCAACUACAAGAUCCAGUCACUGGGCCUGGGGGAGGACUGGAGCGUGGCUGGGGGACCAGCAGCAGGCGGAGGGCAGAAGGUUCGGCUGCUGAAGAAGGCUCUGGAAAAGCAUGCGGACAAGGAAGACCUGGUUAUUCUUUUCAUUGACAGUUAUGACGUGGUGUUCGCCUCGGGGCCUCGGGAACUCUUGAAGAAGUUCCAGCAGGCCAAGAGCCGGGUGGUCUUCUCAGCGGAGGCGCUCCUCUACCCGGACCGGAGACUGGAGGCCAAGUAUCCGACGGUCUCUGACGGCAAGAGGUUCCUGGGCUCUGGAG